AUUUGAGAAGGAAAUUGAAUCCAGAACCAAAAAUGUCCUUGAAAAUCUAGAAUAUCUUGCAUCUCAAAGACAUAUAUUAAGAUUGAAUGAACGUGAUAGUGGUGCUGGAUUGAGAAGUGUUAUAGCAGAUAGAUUGCCAACUACAUCUUUAGUGAAUCCACAUGGAACAUACGGCAGAGAUGACGAAAAAAAUACCAUCAUUGAAUGGCUGCUGUCAGAAAAGUAUAAGAACCAAUUAUCUGUUAUUUCUAUCGUGGGUAUGGGUGGUCUGGGUAAAACUACUCUUGCCCAGCUGGCAUACAAUGAUAGCAGGGUGAUGGAUAGAUUCAACCUCAAAACAUGGGUAUGUGUCUCUGAUGAGUUCGAUGUGUUGAGGGUAACCAGGACAAUUUAUGAGACAAUCACUGGAUCAAAGGAUGAUACCAAUGAUUUUAAUAUGCUUCAAAUUAAAUUGAAACAACAACUAACCCAAAAGAGAUUUCUCCUUGUAUUAGACGACGUAUGGAAUGAAGAUUGUCUGCGAUGGGAGGCCUUGCAGUUACCAUUCAAUCAUGGGGCUCUAGGAAGCAAAAUUCUUCUUACCACUCGCAGUGGAAAAGUUGCUUCAACCAUGCGUUCCGCUAAGAUACUGUCAUUGAAGCCCUUAUCAGAAGGAGAUAGUUGGUCAUUAUUUAGCAAAUAUGCCUUCCAUGACGGAAAUGUUCUUUAUUCAAACACUGACCUUGAAGAAAUUGGUAGAAAAAUCAGUAAAAAAUGCAAAGGGUUGCCUUUAGCUCUUAAAGCCAUUGGGAGUCUCUUAUACACAGAAUUAUCUCAUGAGCAAUGGAAUGGCAUUUUGAAAAGUGAGAUAUGGGAGGAAAAAAGCAAUAGCAAAAUUCUCCCUGCUUUGAGAUUGAGUUAUUGCCACCUCCCCAAUCAUCUCAAAAGAUGCUUUGCUUAUUGUUCAAUAUUUCCCAAGGAUUAUGAUUUUGAUAAGGAGCAUUUAAUUCAAUUGUGGAUGGCGGAAAAUUUUCUGACUUGUGCUCAUCAAAGCAAAGACGAGAGAGAAGUGGGAGAACAAUUCUUUCAUGACCUAUUGUUGAGGUCACUGUUUCAAUCAUCAGCAGUAGAUGAAACACGUUUUAUCAUGCAUGACCUUAUUAAUGAUAUGGCAAAAGCUGAGUAUGUAAAGUUUUGCCAUAGGCUGGAGGUAGAUGAUCUAAAUAAUUUGACAAAAACGACCCGCCAUGUUUCAUUUUUCAGAAAUAAUUCUGAUACAUCCAAACGAUUUGAAGUUAUAUACCAGGCUGAUAAAUUGCGCACAUUCUUGCCUCUACCCAUGCAAGGUCAUAGAAGUACGAGUUAUACCUCUAUCCUUCACUUUAUGUCGAGCAAGGUUAUUCACAAUUUGCCAUCCAAGUUUGUCUACAUGCGAGUUUUAUCUCUAUGCAAUCAUUUCAUCAUGCAGUUGCCUGAAUCAGUAGGAAAUCUCAAACAUCUACGUUAUUUGGACUUAUCAGGAACUAAAAUAAGAAAAUUGCCUGAUUCAAUAUGUCAACUUCAUCAUUUGCAAACACUAAAGUUGCGGCGUUGUCGUCUUUUGGAAAAAUUGCCAAUGGAUUUUCAUAAACUUAUGAAUCUGCGUCACCUUGAUUUCCGUGAAACUCAGGUAAGAGAGAUGCCGAAGCAAUUGGAUACAUUGAAAAAUCUUCAAGUUCUGUCACCAUUUAUUAUAGACAAAUCUGGAGAGACCAACAUCAAACAUUUAGAAGGACUUAAUCUUCAUGGAUCAGUUUCCAUCUUGGAAUUGCAAAAUGUAGUUUCUCCCUCACGUGCUUUAGCAGUCAAUUUGAGAAGCAAGAUACACCUUAAGGAGUUAACAUUAGAAUGGUGCAUAGACAAUGAAAAAUCACUACAUGACAAGGAUGUGCUGGAGAACUUCCAACCUCAUAAAAAUUUAAAAAAGCUAUCAAUUGGCAAUUAUGGUGGUAUCGGGUUUCCAAAUUGGCUUGCGGAUCAUUCAUUGUCCAAUAUAGUGUCCCUAGAACUAAGGAAUUGCAAAUACUGUAUAUCCUUGCCAUCACUUGGCCUCUUUCCAUCUCUCAAGUCAUUGUCAAUUAUAGGGUUUCAUAGUAUAGCAGCUAUUGGUCCAGAAUUUUGUGGAAAUAGCUCUAAUGCUUCAUCCCUAGAAAUCUUGAGGUUUGGAGAUAUGAAGGGCUGGGAAGAAUGGAAAUGUGAAAUUUUGUCUCUUACUUUCCCUCAUCUUCAAGAGUUGAGUAUAAAAAAUUGUCCCAAAUUGAAAGGGCAACUUCCUCAACAACUUCCUUCCUUAAGGAUUCUAGUAAUUUCCAAUUGUGGGAAGCUUUUGUCAUCAAUUCCAUUUGCUCCAUGUCUUGAUAAGUUGGUUCUAAGAGAUUGCGGAAAUGAGCAGUUGGAAAGUCUUCCAUCAACUCUAAAGUUCCUUGACAUUUCUGGACACUUCGAAAAAUUAUUAGCAGGUGACAAAAUUGAGAAUAUCAUUACCAGUUGUAGUCUUGAAGAGUUGAAGUUUUCCAAUUGUCCUCACCUACAAUUUCCGUUAUGCAAUUGUCAUAACUUCAUUCUUGAAAUGGAGAUAAGAGGAAGCUGUGACUCUUUGAAAUCUUUUCCACUAGGUUUAUUCCCAAAGCUUCAAUCUUUGAAGUUGAUUGACUGUAAUAAUCUUGAAAUGAUAUCUGUUUCACAGGGGCAUCAUUUUUCUCUUACAAGCUUUUACAUACGAAGGUGUCCUAGAUUUGCAUAUUUUCCUGAAGGAGGGUUUUCGGCUCCCAAUCUAGAAUUUUGUUGCAUUGAAGAAUUGAAGAAUUUGAAAUCGCUCCCAGAGAAUAUGCACAUUCUCUUUCCCUCCCUCUCAUAUCUGUUAAUAAAAUGCUGCCCACAAGUGGAAUCAUUUCCAGAGGGAGGUUUCCCAUCAAAUCUCAAAUAUCUUGAUGUCUUGGAAUGCUCGAAACUCAUAGCCUCUCGAAUGGGAUGGCAUCUGAGUAGCCUUACUUCACUAGUAUACUUUGGGAUUGGUGAUGCAGAUGAUGAGUCUCUUCCUAAUAUUGGACUACUUCCGCCAACUAUUAAUUCCCUUGUGUUCUAUAACUGCUCAAAUCUUAGAUCUUUGCAACACAAAGGUCUUUGUCACUUAUCCUCUUUGGAAGUCUUGGGGUUUUUUGGCUGUCCUGAGCUCCAAUACUUUCCAAAGGAGGGUUUGCCUAGUUCCCUUUGUAGACUAUGGAUUAUGGGCUGUCCCUUGCUCAAAAAGCGGAUCCAAAAACAAAAAGGAAAAUUUUGGGCAAAGAUUUCUCAAAUUCCUUUUGUUAGCAUUGAGGAUGAUGUGGUAUCUUUAAGUGAGCUUCUCACUCAUGAGGGCAUCAGUUUUCCUACUAUCCAUUCACUCAUUAGAUGAGACAAGCAAGUUUAGUGGUGGAACAACUCCAAAGUCCAGAGCCUGAUCAGACCAAACUCUAGUGUGUAGAGCAGGUUUUUAUUCAGGUUACAAUGAUUUUUACUUGCUGAUUACCCACUGUACUUCAAACCCACUGUAUCAUAAAAGAAUGCCUAACACAGCUUUUUAGAUGGUCAUAUUAACAUACCAUUGUCUGAAAGUGAACAUUUGAUGAGUAUAUCAACUACAAAUUGUACCAGCUUUACAAAGGUUACCUCUUUUUCCCUUUUACUCUUAGCAUCAGGAGCAAGAUGUCACAUCCAACUGCUCAAUGCUCAUUCAUAAGUACAACUCCCAUGAAAUUGAUUGCCAAGAAGAAGGUGUGCUUCAAUGCCUGUUGAAACCCUUUCUUCUUCACAUUCUGAGUUUCUAUCACUCUUGCAGUACAUGUUCUUUUAAAAGUUGAGUUUUUGAGUAGAUAUUGUAAACAAUAACUUCCCUUCGUUCUUGAGAAAAAAAUCUAGCUGUUUGGGGUUGCAUUAGGAUGUUGAGGCCUUAAUAGCAUUGCUGCUGCAGAUAGUGUUCUGGUGUCAUGAUUAGGGAUUGUAAAAACUUGAUUGCCUUCUUCAUUAAGCUGUGGUUACUUACCGUGGAUAAAGGUUCUCUUGUUUUGUACUUGAGAAGUAGAUAUGAGACUUUGAAAAUUGUUCCAAGAUUGUUGCAUGGUGUAUGAUUUUCUUACCU